UACGCUUUCAAUUUAAACGGAACAGUUUGGAUUUCUCCAGCACAGUGACAGAAGGGAUUCCCAGAGCAGUGCACAGGCACCAGAAUGCUUCCAUGGCUCCUUUUUGUGGGGCUAAACCUUCUAUAUUUCGCCGGGACCCUGGAAGGAAAACUUCAUUAUGCAGUGAUUGUCCCCUCUGAGAUCCAAGCUUGGAGUUCUCAGCUUGCUUGCUUGCAUGUGAAUGGAGCGGAGGGAGAGACCAGCAUCAAGCUCACUCUUAGAACAGUCAAAGAAAACAGAACGCUAAUAGAAAAGAAUAGUGACCAGAAAUCCAUGUUUUCUUGUAUUCCAUUCCAGAUCCCCAAUCCCAGUGAGGACAUGGAAGAAGUUGCUACAAUGGAUAUAUCUAUUGAGACUUCGUUGGAGAAAAUAUCUAAUCAGACUAAAGUUCUCAUAAGAAAGCAAAGAUCCAAAAUUCUAGUUCAAACAGAUAAACCCGUAUACAAACCAGGACAAACCGUGAAAUUCCGAGUAAUAACCCUGAAAGAAAAUCUCCAACCAGCUACCAGUCAGAUUCCAGUCGUAGAACUACAGGAUCAAGAAAAGAACCGUAUCGGGCAAUGGCUAAAUGUGACUCCAAAUCAGGGAAUUGCAGAGUUCUCUUUUUCCCUUUCACCAGAACCCAUUCUGGGAGAUUAUACCAUCAGGAUCAAAAACACUGCCCAUAUCUUCAGUGUGGAGGAAUAUGUUCUCCCAAAAUUUGAGACCAGUAUGGAGUUCCCUCCAGUGGUCAUGUUUAACAGUGAACAUGUUCCAGUUAAAAUAUGUGGCAGAUAUACAUACGGAAAGCCAGUUCGAGGGGUGUUUAAUGGUAGUGUGUGUCGAAGGAGUUUUUCGUAUUGGUGGAGAAGAAACCAAGAUUCGUCAUUAUUAUUGUGCCAUAACAUCACUGGAAAGUUGGACAAUGAUGGUUGUGCUUUAACAAAAGUUGAUUCUGACCAUUUUGACCUAACAAAGAGUGGUUUCCAAAUGAGUCUGGAAGGAACAGCAUCAGUUACGGAGGAUGGUACAGGAAUUGAGUUAUCCACAUCUACUAGUACUUCAAUAUCAAAUGUAUUUGAAAAGGUGUCCUUUGUUGAUGCUGACCCAAGCUACAAGCCAGGGAUUCCAUACAGUGGGAUGCUGAAAGUAACAGAUGUCACUGGGCUCCCCAUCCCUGACAAGGAGAUCUAUCUCACCUGCACAUGUAGAAGCAACAAGGAAAAACUAACACUGGUAACGGAUAGUAAUGGACAUGCUACCUUCAAAAUGAAUGAUACAGACUUGUGGGAAGGACGGAUUUCCAUAACAGCCAAGGCAAACUUGGAAGAAGCACCAUAUAAAAGUGGCAUCAUCAAACCACAACAUGGUCAUGCUUUUCUCUCCCUUCAACCGUUUUACUCUGCCAGUAAAAGUUUCCUGAAGCUGCAUUCCCAGGCUAACGUUCUACCUUGUGAGGGACAACAGGAAGUCCAAGUGGAUUAUAUCAUUAAUCACACAGAACUGGAUGCAGAGACCAAGAGUUUAAAUGUACAUUAUCUGAUAGCUUCUAAAUCAUCCAUAUGGGACUCAGGAACUAUAGACAUUCUGGUAGAAAGUGAUAGCAAAGAGCUGACGGGUACCACCUCUUUUAACCUCCCACUGAGCCCUGACGUGUCUCCAAAUCUUAUAGCCAUCGUAUAUAUUUUACUACCAGAUGGGGAGAUUGUUGCAGAUUCAGCCAAGUUUACUGUCCAGAGAUGCUUCAAGAAUAAAGUAUCUGUUGGCUUCUCUCCAGAUGAAGUCCUCCCUGGAUCAGAUGUUUCCUUACAGAUUCAGGCAGAAGCUGGGUCCCUCUGUGGCCUUAGGGUUGUGGAUCAGAGCGUGGUGUUAAUGAAACCUGAAAGAGAGCUGACAGCUGAUAAAGUCCACUCUUUAUUCCCUGUCAAUGACUUUGGUGGUUAUGAUCAUCGAGUAGGAGAACGUGAAACUUCCUGUGGAAGAUCAUACUCCCAUAGAUAUUUUUCACGAUCACGCACCAAUUACAUAGAUGUCUACAGCUUAUUUAAGGACAUGCGCUUGAAAAUAAUUACCAGUGCGAACAUUAAGAAGCCUGUAGAAUGUCAUCGCUUUGGUAUUGCAUAUAGUAGAACAAUGGCCCGAAAACCUGUACUAAACCGCGUUAUAGGAGAAAUGGAUGACGUUGAUAAUUUUGUAUUAAUGUCUGCACCGUACAACAUCCCAGAUGAGCCAAAAAAGAUGGAAAAAGUCAGACAAUACUUCCCUGAGACCUGGCUAUGGCAACUAAGCCUUUUAGGAGACUCAGGCAGUGCUGAGCUCCUUGAGACAGCCCCAGACACCAUCACGGACUGGCAUGCAGGAGCCUUCUGCUUGGGACCCAAUGGUUUUGGAAUCUCCUCGGCAGCCACCCUUAGAACAUUUCAGCCAUUCUUUGUGGAACUCACACUUCCAUACUCUGUUGUCCGUGAAGAGUCCUUCACCCUCAAAGCCACUGUCUUUAAUUACCUGAAGGAGUGUAUUAAGGUGAAAGUCACGCUAAAGGAAUCUGAAGAGUUAGAUGAGGAGCCCUGUACUGACUGUCAGCAUACUAGCUGUCUCUGUGCAGAUGAAAGUAAAACCUUUCACUGGAACCUGAAAGCCACUAAACUAGGUGAAGUGAAUAUAACUGUGCGAACAGAAGCUCUAGAUACCCAAGAAUUAUGUGAUAAUGAGCAACCUGUUGUCCCUAAACAGGGAAGCAUCGACACUGUGAUAAAACCACUUCUAGUGCAGCCUGGAGGCGUUCUAGAGGAAAAUUCUCACAGCUCUCUCCUCUGCAUUCAAACAGGUGAAGAUCAUUCCAAGUCUGAGGAGAUCUCACUGAAGCUGCCACAGAACGUUAUUAAAGAUUCUGCUCGAGCCUAUGUAACAGUUUUAGGAGACCUCAUGGGAACAGCCAUGCAGAACCUUGACAGAUUGCUGGCCAUGCCGUAUGGAUGUGGAGAACAAAACAUGGUGCUAUUUGCUCCUAACAUUUUCAUUCUACAGUAUCUGGAGAAGACUCACCAACUGAAUGAUGAAAUCCAGAAUAAAGCAAAGACGUUCUUAAAGAAUGGUUACCAAAGACAACUUACCUACAAACGUGAUGAUGGGUCAUAUAGUGCUUUUGGAAAGAAUGAUCCGGAGGGAAACACGUGGUUGAGUGCAUUCGUAGUGAAGUCUUUCAAUAAAGCCCGUCCCUAUAUCUUCAUUGAUGAAAGUCAUCUAAACCAUUCUUUUACUUGGUUGAGAGACCACCGUAAAGACACUGGCUGUUUCCGUAGUGUUGGGAAACUCUUCAAUAAUGCAAUGAAGGGGGGCGUGGAAGAUGAUGUUUCUCUUUCAGCUUAUGUAACAAUAGCUCUGCUGGAGUCAGGUAUAUCUACAGAGGACCCUUUGGUUGGGGAUUCUUUAUCUUGUCUGAGGAAGGCUGCUGUGAAUGUAAGUAACGUAUACACACAGGCUCUCCUGGCUUAUACUUUCACUUUGGCUGGAGACACAGAUUUCAGACAACAACUAAUGGAAAAACUAGACAAACAAGCUGUGAGAAAAGAUGGGCAGCUACAUUGGGAGCGUCAGACAACCACCCCUGCCUCAGAUGUUUCAUUUUGGUACCGUGCACCCUCUGCAGAGGUUGAACUGACCUCAUACAUGCUCCUGACCAUGCUCUGUGGACCUGAACAAGAUUUGGGCAGAGCCUCAGAGAUAGUGAACUGGCUGAGCAAGCAGCAGAACCCAUAUGGGGGUUUCUCAUCCACACAAGACACUAUUGUAGCUCUCCAGGCUCUGGCUAAAUAUGCUGAAGCCACAUUUAGUGACACCGGAGAUGUUACAGUGACAGUCCAGUCUCAGACAGGAGUUGUGGAUUUCCACGUGGAUAAUACAAACAGGCUGCUUCUACAAAAAAUGACACUGCCAGAUGUUCCUGGGGAGUACACACUUACAGCCACUGGAACUGGUUGUGUCUACGUACAGACUGUCCUGAGAUACAAUGUCCCACCACCUAGAAGUGAUGCUACAUUUGCAGUGAGCGUGGAAGUAAAACCAGGACAGUGCUCUGAAGAAUCAGUGACAAAGCUUCAGAUCCACAUCACUGCUGAGUAUAAAGGAUCCCGAGAGAGGUCUAACAUGGCUCUCAUUGAGGUUAAGAUGUUGUCUGGAUUUAUCCCCAUGAAGAAAUCAGUGCGGGAGUUGGAGAAGAGCAAAGUGAUCCAGAGAAGUGAUAUUCAAACAGACAUGGUGACCCUGUAUCUGAAUGAGCUUGGACACACACCCCUUAAACUCUCCUUCAUGGUGGAGCAGGACAUUGAAGUAAAAAAUCUGAAGCCCGCUACAGUAAAAAUCUAUGAUUAUUAUGAGACUGGGGAAUAUGCAAUUGCAGAAUACAACUCUCCCUGUAGUUCAGUUGAGAAAACGAACAAUUAAAGAUGAAGAAUGGAGAAGCAAUCUUUUAAAACAUAUAAUUAUAUGUCUAAUAAAGAUAUUCAUAUAUUAUG